AUGCCUCAACAUCCGUUACUUAAUAAACCAGCACCCACGAAUCUCACUUUAGAAAACCAAAAUGGGGAACAGGUAGAACUGUCGUCAAUUAUCGGACAAGGAAAGCCAGUGGUGGUGUUCUUUUAUCCAAAGGAUGAAAGUUAUGGGUGUGUGAAAGAGGUUUGCUCCUUCAGAGACUCAUACCAGAUAUUUCAAGAUGCAGGUGCCGUUGUCAUUGGUGUCUCUUCUGAUUCUGCAGAAGCACACAAGAAAUUCGCGAGUGCCCAAAAUCUUCAAUUCACUCUAUUGGCCGAUGUAAAGAAUGAAGCUAAGAAAGCAUUCGAGGUUCCGAAAACCCUAUUCGUCAUACCUGGUCGUGCUACUUAUCUUAUUGAUCGUGAAGGCAUCAUUCGUGAAGUAUUUAAUUCGGCCACUGAUUUUGCCGGACACGCGAAACAUGCCGUAGACUUUGUUCAAAAACAACAGCAAGCGAGUACUGGGACCGAUCAAAAUGCGACAGCAGAGGAACCUGUGAAGUCAGCGGAGCCUGUGACAGCAGAGGAACCUGUGAAGUCAGCGGAGCCUGUGACAUCAGAGGAACCUGCGCCUAAAGUCUAA